UUUAACUAAGCAGAAAUCUCUGCAUAAAAGUCUACAGUAACAACUUUACAUCUACAACCAAACCAAUCAACACCAAUGUUUUAAGACGAUAAAUCUAUACAUUUUAAUUUGGGAAAUUUGCCAAUAUGGAACUAAAUCUCUAAAGUAUUGUCCCCUUAGAACUAAAUUCUCUAACCUUGUCCGUAUAGAAUUAAUUCUUGUCCCCUUAGAACUAAUACUUUGUGAAUCUACUAUUUUGUCCUUUUUUUUAUAAUAUAGUUAAUAACAUUUUAAAAACUAUAUGAAUUAAAAAGGAAAUACUUAAUUAAAUAAAAAUAGGGCAAUUUUUCCCAACUCUCCAUCUCGUUCUCUCCGACUCUCUUUCCCAAUCGAGAGACGAUUUCUUUCUCGCCGGCGACACCUUCCGCCUCUGAGAUUCUUGGUUCGUCGGAGAGCUUCAACGAGGAGACUCAUCGCUUCUUCCUCCUCCUUCUUGCGUAUUUCCUCUGUUAGUGCCACCGGUUAGAUUGUCGUUCUUAUCUCCGCCGCCGCCGACCAUCGAAGCUGCUCAAGCUCGGGAGUAGCUUCUCCUCCCCGAUUAAGGACGAUUAGUUUCACAGUUGUUUUCUUUUGCUCUUCCUUCAUCUCGGUUCUGACAAUUUGAAGGUUAGGCUUUGAAAUCCCCUUUACGAUUUUGCUUUUUUUUUGUUUGUUCUUUAUGUUUAUUUGCAUGUACUACAAAUUGUAGGUUUAAAACACAAAUCGAAACAAGUUUAUGGUUUUCAGAGGCGGAAUGUGGUUGAGUGGGGUGUGAGAUUGGCUUGUUGUUGAGGUGAUUUUGAGUUCUAGUUUGUUUGGUAUCGGCUUUACUAAGGUUUAGAAUUCAUAAUAGACUUGAAAAAGCUAAUGACUUUGACAUGCUUUAGACAUCGAUUUUACAUACUUGUUUUGGGAUCGAGUUUGUUAUUUGAAUUGAAUUUGUCGAUAGUGUGUAGUCUUUUGUUAUUCAUUUGGUGCGUAGCUUUGACUCUGUUUUAUUUUAGAGGAAAACACUUUUGCUAGUUGAUUAUAUUUUGUUUUGAUUUGUGUUUCUAACUAGUUUUGAAUUGUAAAAAACUAGUUAAAUGUGAGAUGGUUAUUUUUGGUUCGCUGUUAACUUAUGGAAUCCAUGUUUUUUAGGAAUGGCUCACCAGUUUCCUAAACGCAUUCUUCAAGAAGGUGCUGAGACGCAAAUGGAUAAGAUUAACAACACAUGUAGAAGGACGCUUCUGAAGGCGGUAAAGGUGGCUCUGAAAGAUGAGUAUGAGGAAGUUUUGAAAGACCCUGUCUUCGGGCCUCUUCUGGCGAUCAUAGAGAACAACCUCAUCUACUCAGGGAAGAUUAUUCACAGCUUCAUGUGCAAGCAGCUCAGGGUUUCCAAGCUUCACGAGCUGUGGUUUAUUUUUGCGAAGAGGCCUCUUAGGUUUUCUAUGCAAGAAUUUUAUGCUGUGACUGGAUUGAAGUACAAAGAGGAACCCGACGUAGACUUCAUUAACUGGAAGAAUGAUAAGGGGUUCUGGGCUAAUGCGCUGAAGACCAAUGCGAAGAUCAACUUAUAUACUAUAAGGGAUGAGCUCCUUAAGGUGUGUAACGAGUGGUCGUAUGUGGACAGAGUGAGGUUAGUGUAUCUGUCCAUUAUACAAUCAUUCCUCAUGGCUAAGGAUUGGAAAGUGUAUAUCCCUCAAGAAUACAUCCGCUUGGUGAUGGAUUUUGAGAAAUUGAGGAUGUAUCCUUGGGGUCUUCGCGCUUAUGAUGAGCUGAUUGCAUCAAUACUCAGAGCAAGAGAAGAUGUGCAUACGAAGAACAGCUACGUGUUGGAUGGAUUCUCAUAUGCGUUUCAGAUAUGGAUUAUGGAGGCAAUUCCAGACAUUGGUUCUAUGGUGGGUAAAAAAAUAAAAAAAAACGUGAAGAAAAUGAGAUGUAGGAAUUGGAAAGGUAGUGGUAAAGUAUCCUACCAAGAUAUCACCAGCCUAGAGUCCCACUUUGAUAAGGGAGAGCUGUUCACAUUUAUAUCAUCUACUGGUGAUUUCGAUGUGAUUGCUGAUACUGAGUUCCUUAGGGAAGAUGAAAAGAAGGACGAAAGAGUUGGUCGUAUUGUUGAAUUGAUCAAUGCGAAACAAGACUGGACGCAUUUCGAUUGGGAAGUUGAGUCUUUGCCUGCACAUAUGGACCUUUCUGAUUCAGAACAAGAUGAACCGGCUGAUGUUGCAGAAGAACCGUCAGAACAAGAGGAAGCGACUGUAGUUGCAGGGGAACCGGCUGUUACUGCGAAAAGAGGCAAGCGCAAGCUAAUUGAUCCUGGUGCCGAGUCUCGAAAGAAACAACUGCUUUGUCAACGUGCGGCUGAACACAACAGUGGUGUCUCUAGUGAAAUGAAGACCUUCAUUGAAGGUUUGUUCACCGCUUCUUUCAACUCUUUUAAGGAAGUGGUGCAGAAGGACAUACAUGAGCGUUUUGACAACGUUGCCAAUGAGGUGUCUCAACUCAAGGAACAAGUCUCUCAGCUUAAGGGUCUAUCGGAAACAGUGGGAAAAGGCAACACAUCCGAGAUUCUCUCUCCUUCAGCAACAAUUGGAAAAGACCAAGGACCAUCAUCUCAUAGUACGGGUCCUCCCGCAGAAAGGGAAAAGGAUGUUCAAACUGAUGAAAAUGAAAUGAUGGAUUUUUUGAAGAAUUUGACCAAAUCAGCGAGAUGUGUAGAUAAGGGGACCCAAGACUCUUUACAAGAAGCCAUGGGAAACCUUUCUCAAGCAUCUCAUGUUAAAGGUUUUGAUCCUUCACAACAUCUGGAUGGUGAUGAACCAGCUGACUUUGCCACUCCACUGUCUUCGUUUAAGCCUGCGGAUUGGAGACCACCUACUCUGAAAGACGUGGACUCACUUGAGGACCGGAUACAUGAUCCCGAUUACUCACUAGUGUUUGUCCCUGAGGCAUCAUGGGGCAAACUUGUUGACUGGACCAAAACUUUCAAAGAACUAAAAAUUGGACCAUCUAUGCUCACAAAUGAGUUAGUAACUCGUGUCGUCGGACCUUCAGAGUGGCUCCUGAAUAAGGAAAUUGAUGGUAUGAUGUGGUUAUUCACUGAGAGGACUUCCUUGCGGCGAUGGUUUCCAAAUAAAGUAGCCUUCAUGACAUGCUUGUUCAGUAAUCAAAUUACGAACUCUUACAACGAGUAUAAGAAGGACAAGAAGAAAUUCAAAGUGGGCGGACUGCUACAACAGUACGGCAUUGGCGAACUUCCAGCACACGGACGAACAAGACUAAUGUGGGAUCUUGAUGUUAACCGCAUGUAUGUCCCCCUAAAUGUUGGUAAGCACUGGAUCUCUAUGUGCGUCAACUUUGUUACUCGGUCGAUAGAGGUCUUUGACUGUGAGGGACUGAGACACCCCGGUGCAGUGGAGCCAUUUGCAGUUCUCAUCCCUAGAAUUGUCAAAGCCAUUCAGUCUUCUAAGAGUCGACAGUAUCAAGUCAAGCAGUAUACCGUCUCCUACGUCUCAAUGCCCUUCUUAUUGAACAAAAGUAGCAGUGACUGUGGAGUAUAUGCCUUGAAGCACAUUGAAUGCCAUCUUCUAGGCUUGGACUUUUCCCUGGUGAAUGACAACAACAUUCGUGAAGCGCGGCAGAAGAUUGCUUAUGACCUAUGGGAAGCUGCUAUUGAUCCUGUCCUUAUUGAAAGGAUGGCAAAAUUCACUCCCCCGAAGACAAUUUCAAGUGCUCUAGUGGAACUUGAAUAA